AUGAAGAUGAUGAGAGAACAUAUCAAAGUCAACAAAAAUAUCAUGUUAGCGGCAGAAUCGUCAUUGACGUCUUUGGUUUCCGAAAAAUUCAACCCUAGCUCUGCUGCACCAGUGGCACCACUGGAGCAAGACAAAGGCGGGGCUUCUGGACGCAAGGAACCGACAACCCAGCUCUUCUUUGAAGACGCUCAUCGAGAGGAACGUCCUUCGGUCGAAAAACAGAAGAGCAAUAGGGAAACAGUCCAAGGGAACCCAAAGUAUCUGCUCAUGCUAUCGCCGCUACUUGCUGGGUAUGCUUUGAACAACCGGAAAUGGCUUCUGUUCUCCAUUGAUGAUGUGCGGCCACUCCAUUGGAACGAUGAAGCCAUCGAUCACCUUGUUCUUCACGACGAAUAUAAGGAUAUCUUGUUGACUCUUGUCAACAACCACAAAAUAAUCAAAUCACAAAACCAUGAUGUGAUUCCAGGUAAAGGUGAAGGAGUUGUUGUCCUCUUGAGCGGACCACCAGAGACAGGGAAAACACUGACAGCGGAAGCUGUUGCGGAGAGUGUUCGACGACCGUUGUAUCAUUUGCAAGCUGAGGAUCUCGGAUCGACAACUCAUUCCGUUCGGUAUGAACUUGAUAAUGUCUUGGAUCUCGCAACCGAGUGGAACGCCAUUGUGCUUCUAAAUGAGUGUGAUGCUUUAUUCGCUAGCCGAUCCAAUGCUAGCACCUCUCGCAAUGGUGUGACUUCCGUUGUACUUGAUAGAUUAGAGUACUACUGCGGUACUAUUUUUCUUACAACAAACCUUUUGGAACAUAUCAACGAUGCUUUUCGAUCCCGUGCUCAGAUCCACCUCUGCUACCCUGAACUCUCAGUCGCAAACCGCAGACAGCUGUGGGAGCGCUUCAUAGUUCGUCUACGAAAGGCGCCCAUUCGGUUCCCAAGCAAUGACUUCGCGUCGUCUGAAUCAGAAGCGUUCGGCGGAGCGAUCGAAAUCGAGCUCUUGAUCGAAGAUUAUAGCGAGCUCUCGGAGUAG